AUGGUACCUAUAAUUGAUGAAGAAAAUAAUGAGGAAGAAAUUAAGGAUAAUGUUACUAAUAAUGAAAAAAAUGACCAUAAUUUUACAGAUACAAAACAAUAUGUGUUCACAACACGAACUCCAAAUGGCACCCAGUCUGAAAUAUCUGUGAAAGCAACAACUGAUCUGAGGUUUGCUGUAAGAAACUAAUCAACCCAGGGUCCAAAUGAGCCUGCAUUUUGGACAAUGUUAGCUAAAGCUUUAAAUGGAACAAAGGGGAGUGAAGAAGCAAAAGAUCAAUUAUUUCAACCAGUUCCAAGCUCUGAUUUUAAUGCUACAAAUGAAGAGGAAGUGGUAGGGCCGCAGGAUAACAAGUUAAAAUUAAUGCUGGGCAUUUCAUUGAUGACCCUCUGCCUUUUUGUCAUCCUCCUGGCAGUAUCUAGUUCCCUGCUAUACAAACUGAAAACAAGUUUUAUAAAGAAGCGUGAACGCGAGUACACCAUCAACCCACAGCUGGCAAACCUGUCCUAUUUUCACCCAGCAGAAGGCGUAUCAGAUUCAUCUUUUUCUAGGAGUGGUGACAGCAGCACAGUUUUGGGCACAAAAUCUAAAACAAUGGAUGCGAUUUCCACAGUCUCAGAGGAAGACUGAGCUUUCAGAGUGAGGAAGUCACCAUUGAUGAAUAGGGAACUUUAAUUUUUUGUCAUUAAAAAAAGUAUCUUUCUUUGUGAAUCAUAUUAAUGGCAUGAUUUGGAAACUGCUGAGGCAUUUGCAUUUUUCUGGUGUCUUGAAGAGAGGACAUAUUC